AUGGCUUCCCGAAUCGCACAUACUUCUGCAGCUGGCGUCGCGACUUGGGGCCUCUGUCGCCUGUUGAACCCUCGUCGCCGAAAGUCUUGCUUGUGUGAGCCUGUGGCAAGCGCGCCAACGUGUCAGAAGCGGCCUCUGCGAGUCUUGUCGCAGAAUGUUUGGAAUUCCUUCUUCGCGGGUGGUCCCGAGAGAAAGGCCAGGCUCAUGGCUUUCAGAGAAGAGUUGGAGCGACUUCGCGUGGACGUCGUCAUCGUGCAGGAGAUGUUCGUCCUCGGCUUGGGACCUUUAUGCCUGCAGGGCGAUGCAGAGGACGCCGGUCAGUUGCUGUUGCAGCUAGGCUUCGUGCAUCAAACCUCUCCGACAGCGUCGCGGCCACUUCUUGGACAAAGUUCUGGCCUUGUCGUAUACUCGAAAUAUCCGAUCAAGAAGGAGAAGCAUGAAGUGUUCGAAUCUCGUCGCUCUGUCACAGCUAAAGGUUGGCUGGAAGUGGUGAUCGUUUUAGGAUCAGCCGACGGCAGCGAGGCAAAGCAGUUGAAGCAGUUGCUGUUGUUUGCUCGAGAGCUGACCAUCUUCAACACUCACCUGGAGCAUUCGCACCAUCCGUCCUGGGUGUGUGUCCGGCAAGACCAGUGCAGACAGCUCGCAAAGCGUGCCAGAGAGGUGCUCGCGGAAGAAAGCGCGAGCAGCACCGCCUAUGCCAUGGUGGUAGGCGACUUUAACGUCUGCAGCAAUGAGUUCGGACAGCAGCUGGACGGCUCGGCAGAGUUCCAGGCCCUGCAGGUUGCCAUGCAGUCUGCAGGCUUCCCUGCCGAAUUGCCGCAGUGGUUCGAUGCGGAGCGACCAGGAACGCUUCGGCCAGCUCCAGACGGCAAACUUCGAUGCACUCCAGAUCACAUGUUUGUCACCUGCAAGCUGAAAGACUGCUGUGUCAGUUCUUCGGUCGCGGACACCCGAGACCGGAAUGGACUGGAGGUCUCCGACCAUCUAGGUCUCAUUGCCGAGUUCGUGAUACCACUGUGA